AAUGCAACUAGUUAUAUUCUUCACUAUUCUGUUGGGGCUAUCGUCUUUGAGUGCUCAGCCCUUAAAUAUGAAUUUAUUGAAAGCUAUGGGUGACACAUUAAAUGAUAAUCAAAUGAAUAAUGUGCUCCCAGUGCCAAGCACAAUUGCAAAUCCAUCAGAUGAACUCUUGAUCGACCAAUCAAAAUCCGAUCCAAUAUCAACUACUACAUUAAAAUCUAGUUCUAAAAUUCGGACUUAUGAAGUGUAUGCUGUGAAUAUGACACAUAAAAAAGUGACAACAUUGAAACCUCCAAAAUCCAAUUGUUGCAAUUCGAUUUCCACCGCGAGCACUGAAGGAACAACGGAAAGCCUCAAAUUAAAUUCAUCCAUCACGAUUUCUACAACGAGCACUGAAGGCAAAAUAUUUGACAAUCGUCAAAGCAUUACGACUGAAACGUAUAUUAUCGAGCCUCGACCUAUGCAUAUCGAGCCAAGAUUGAGCGUCAAACUUUUGAAAGUACUCACGCUCCUGGGCUAAGGUUCUACUUGGCUCACUAACACAAAUGUCUGUUAAAAUAAUAAAUAACAUUAAUUUAAAAUCGCUGCAGUUGUAUUGUGUUUGGGUAUACAAAACGAUGGGAAUUCUCAACAGCUUUAUCCAUAUAUAAUUGUCGUUCUCGUAUUGUACAAUAAUUAUUU